AGCAACUUCAUUUUUCAUGGAUUCUUCAUCUCCCACGUCAUGAACUUCAACGCCUCACAAGUCACAUGAUAUACGUAUCUUUUAUAUAUUUCUCUUCCAUUGAUCCCGGUUUAACUCUUUUAGUUUAAAAAGCUUCCCCAAGAAUAUAGCAACUUUAUUUCCCAUGCAUGGAUUCUUCAGCUCCCAAGUCAUGAGCUUCAAUGCCUCACAAGUCACAAUGCUUUUGAAUCUCAAGAUGAGUGUGAACCGGCGAAGUUGGCACAAACAUGGAUCUAAUCUCAGAAUGGUUAUCUUAGUUCUGUGGUUGGUUUGUUAUGUUGGGAAUGGUCAAACUAUUGCGAACAUCAGUGAGUUCGAAGACAAUCCAGCUCUUCUUCCCCUCGUUACAAAGGUGGUUUAUCGCUGGGUUUCUAAUACUACCGCUGCUCUUAGUCGUGAUCUUGGUAACAGGGCAAAGUUUUGCUUCAAAGACUUGGAUUCUGAAUGGAACAGAGCUUUUAACUUCUCCACCAACUUGGAUUUCUUAUCUAAGUGCAUUGAGAAAACCAAAGGUGAUAUUGUUGGGCGUAUCUGUGGAACAGCAGAGAUGAAGUUCUAUUUUAAUGCUUCUUUCAAUAAAGCAAAUGACACGGAAUAUUGGCAGUGGCAGCCAAAUGUAAAUUGCAACUUGACUGCAUGGGAUUCUGGUUGUGAACCUGGAUGGGGCUGUAGUCUUGAUAUAAUCGAACAAGUCGACCUGCCAAACUCCAAAGAUUUUCCUAAAAGAAAAAAAGACUGUAUGACUUGCUGUGAAGGGUUUUUCUGCCCUCGUGGCCUCACUUGUAUGAUACCUUGUCCCCUUGGUGCUCAUUGUCCCUUAGCUACCCUUAAUAAGACUACAAGCAUAUGCGAACCGUAUACUUAUCAACUACCACCAACUCUAAGACUACCAAGCCACACUUGUGGAGGUGCGAAUGUAUGGGCCGAUAUCACUUCCAGCAGUGAAAUAUUCUGUCCUGCGGGAUCGCAUUGCCCAACCACCGAUAAAAUAGUAGCUUGUGAAAAAGGGCACUAUUGCAGAAAGGGGUCAACAUCUGAGAAACCUUGCUUGAAGUUAUCGUCCUGCAAACGCAACACAGGAAAUCAGAACAUACAUGCAUUUGGGAUUAUGUUUAUCGCUGCAGUGAGUACUAUUCUACUCAUUAUCUACAAUUGUUCCGAUCACAUCCUAAAGAUCAGGGAAAAGAGGCAGGCGAAGUCAAGGGAAGCAGCCGUCAAGAAAGCGAGAGCUCAUCAGAGAUGGAAAGGUGCUAGAGAGGCUGCAAAAAAGCAUGUACGUGAGAUCGGUGCGCAAAUAACUCGGACAUUUCCAGGUAAAAAAUCCGAUCAUGAUGGUGAUACCCACAUGAUGUUGGGUCCUGGGGACUCUGCUUCUGAGGUAUAUGAAGACAUAGAAAUGUCGAAACAUUCGAGUUCCUCUGCUGCGCAAGCGCAGUCUAGUUCAGCCGUAAGUAAUGAAAGAAGAGCAAGUCUUGACAUAGAAGAAGAGAGCGUAAAAAGAAAGAAUUUGGCUAAAGCAAAGCAAACACAGACCCAAAUAUUCAAGGCUGCAUAUGAUCAGAUCGAGAAGGAGAAAGCCAUGGAGCAAGAGAAUAAGAAUCUUAACUUUUCAGGAAUAGUUUCAAUGGCUAGUAAUACUGAGACGAGGAAUAAAAGACCUCUCAUGGAGCUUUCUUAUAAAGAUCUAACUCUUACCUUGAAGUCCAAUGGUAAGCAUGUGUUGAGAUGUGUCACAGGAAGCAUGAAACCAGGUCGGAUCACAGCUGUGAUGGGUCCAUCAGGCGCAGGAAAGACAAGUCUGCUCUCUGCUUUGGCUGGGAAAGCUGUUGGUUGCAAACUGAGUGGUUCAAUUCUUAUAAACGGGAAGCAAGAAUCAAUCCAUUCAUAUAAAAAAAUUAUUGGUUUUGUGCCACAAGAUGACGUUGUUCAUGGAAACUUGACGGUAGAAGAAAAUAUUUGGUUCCAUGCUAAAUGCAGAUUACCUGCGGGUCUAUCGAAAGCAGAAAAAGUUCUUGUGGUUGAAAGAACCAUCGACUCUUUGGGGCUACAACCUGUGAGGAAUUCUUUAGUUGGUACGGUGGAGAAGCGGGGAAUCUCAGGAGGGCAGAGGAAACGAGUCAAUGUGGGUUUAGAAAUGGUAAUGGAGCCUUCGAUUUUAUUCUUGGAUGAGCCUACUUCUGGCUUGGAUAGUGCCUCAUCACAGCUUCUUCUUAGAGCACUUCGGCAUGAAGCCUUCGAGGGAGUCAACAUUUGCAUGGUUGUUCACCAACCGAGUUACACUUUGUUCAAAACGUUCAAUGAUCUAGUACUUCUCGCGAAAGGUGGACUUACUGUUUACCAUGGAUCAGUCGACAAUGUCGAAGAAUACUUCUCCGGGUUGGGAAUAAAUGUUCCAGACCGUAUCAACCCUCCUGACUAUUACAUCGACGUUCUUGAAGGCAUAACAAUUGGGAAUUCUGGUGUUGAUUACAAAGAGCUUCCUCAAAGGUGGAUGCUUCACAAAGGGUACUCGGUUCCAUUAGAUAUGCGGAACAACAGUGCUGAUGGUCUUCAAACGAAUCCAGACAUUGGUAAUAAUUCACACGGUAAUGCAGAACAAACAUUUGCCAGAGAGCUGUGGGGAGAUGUGAAGAGUAAUUCCAUGUUGCGUAGUGAUAAAAUACAGCACAACUUCUUGAAGUCUAGAGAUUUGUCCCACAGAAGAACCCCUUCUAUGUGGCUACAAUACAAAUAUUUUCUUGGAAGGGUAGCUAAGCAGCAAAUGAGAGAAGCUAAGUUACAAGCCACAGACUAUUUGAUCUUGUUGCUUGCUGGAGCUUGUUUAGGAUUACUUACUAAAAAAAGUGCUGAUGAGAGCUUUGGAUAUCUUGGCUAUACCUACACUAUUAUCGCAGUCUCUCUUCUUUGCAAAAUAGCAGCUUUAAGAUCAUUCUCACUAGACAAGUUACAUUACUGGAGAGAAAGUGCUUCGGGGAUGAGUAGCUCUGCCUGCUUCCUUGCCAAAGAUACAAUAGACUUUUUCAAUGUACUUGUCAAGCCAUUGGUCUAUCUCUCUAUGUUCUAUUUCUUCACGAAUCCAAGAUCCACAUUUUUGGAUAACUAUAUUAUUUUGGCCUGCCUCGUAUAUUGUGUGACCGGUAUUGCAUAUGCCUUGGCUAUCUUUCUCCAACCAAGCUCAGCACAGCUGUUUUCUGUUCUUCUUCCAGUCGUUUUAACACUUGUUUCAUCCCGACCGAAGGAUGAUAGUAAAGCUAUUAGGAUAAUGGCUGACUUGAGCUAUCCAAAGUGGGCGUUGCAGGCAUUUGUGAUAGUAAAUGCUCAAAGGUACUAUGGAGUAUGGAUGAUUACGCGGUGUGGUAUGCUUUGGAAGUAUGGCUACGACAUUAACGAAUGGAAUCUAUGUAUAAUGAUACUGCUUCUCGUAGGUGUGGCCACUCGUGGAAUUGCCUUUGUGGGGAUGAUCUUACUUAAAAAAAAGUGAAGAAAGACCGUUCCUUUGUUCGCAGGAAUCUGAAGCUUCCGGAUAGACAGAAGAAUAUAAGGAUUUGUUAUGAAAUUUAUAUGUUCAUCGUAGUUCCUUCUCCUAUUAGAGUAAGAAACUUUGUACACAUCUUUUGUGUCUGUGAUGUUGGUUUUCAAACCCAAGAGAAAGUGUUGUCAAAUCAGAUUAGCUAGUAAUCUAUAAGACCACCAUUAGUGGAGUAACCCACCAUAGUUACUCCCAUAUUAAUUA